UGCAGUCAGGCACGCACCAUUCUCCAGGCUACCACAAAACCCAGUACACGUCCAUUGAAUUGCCAGGCAGAGAAGCGUGAUUCGUCACUCCGGAGAACAUGUCUCCGCUGCUCUAGAGUCCAGUGGUGGCACGGUUGGCAACUGUUGUUCCCAGUUGCUUCCACUUUGUUAUAAUACCACUAACAGGAAUAUUUAGUAGCAAGGAAAUUUCACGGAUGGACUUAUUGCACAGGUAGCAACCUAUCACGGUACCACGCUCGAUUUCUCUGAGCUCCUGAGAGCGACCCAUUCUUUCACAAAUGUUUGUAGAAGCAAUCUGAAUGCCUA